UCUAUUAUUGAAAAUUAAUCUAAUUUUUAAAAAAUUCAAAAAAUAUAAUUAUUUCCAUUAAUUUCUAACAAAUUAAAACUAGAAAAAUGUAAUAUUAUAAAGAAGAAGACAAUCAUCGGCCAUCAAGUUGAAAUAUUGGAAAGUCACCUGAGUGUCAGUGCCAUUUGGUUUGGAUGGUGAAGCCUAAAAAUCGAUAAAAUUGAAAUAAAUGCCAUAAAUUUAGGCGGAAAUCAACCUUAAUUGGAUUACCCGCCACACCAUGAAAUUCUACGUAAUAUUUUUCACGCUGUUCCUUUUUGGACAAGUAAUUUGCCAAAUAGACGAUGCAGACGAUAAUGAUUUUGCUGAAUUCGAGGAUUUCGGCACGGACGAUGAAAUUGUGACUACCUCGGACGGAGACCAGUGGCAGGCCCAGACCGGAGCGAAAUCAGAUUCAAAGAGGUCCCCAUCACCUGAUGGAAGCCUAAAGGAUGAACCGAAAAAUCAUGAUUUCGUCGAGUUGAACGAGGACGCCGAGGAAGACGGCAUAGUUGAGGAUGAAAUCGAGGGCGAUGAAUACGAGGAGGACGAUGACGACGAGGAGUUCGAAGGAUUCGGCCGAGAGGAAAGCAACAAGGAGGGAGCCAAGGCGGCUACAAAAGGGGGACCUGAGAUUGAAAUCAAGCAAGCGGACAUUCCUUCGAAAUUCACAGCGACUUGGGACUCGUACUGGAUGGAAAUGCUAAUGAUCGCCGGAUUGACUGCUUAUUUCGCCAACUACAUCGUGGGAAAGAACAAAAACUCUAAAUUGGCCAAUAUGUGGCUCAGUACACACAAGAGCCUUUUGGACGAGAACUUUGCCUUGGUUGGAGACGACGGGAAGCUUGAAAAUGAAACGCCUGGCCUUAUAAAAGAAAGCGAAAGUCUGUACACUCUCUGGUGUUCAGGACGUACAUGCUGCGAAGGAAUGUUGGUUGAAUUAAGGAUGAUCAAGCGUCAAGACCUUGUUGCAUUAGUUUCAAGUCUAAUGCGUCCCGUUCAAGAUCAAAUCCAUAUCAAAAUUGAAAUAUCCAAAGACUCAAUGGAUACAUUCGUAUUUUGUGUAGCAUCCAAGAAAACCGCCACUAGACUGUUUAAGGAAACAUCAGACCUUAGUAAAUAUUGUAGUCUAGUCAAUAAGUCAGAGGAAAAGUACAACGUCCCAAGUGGAUUUGCUGUGUUAUCUGAAAUACCCGAGGCCUCGUCUACUAUGUUAGACUCAAGAGUGUUGGCUGCACUCAACAAGUAUGGAAACUAUAUCGAUUAUAUACAUAUUUCCGAUCAAUUUUGUGGACCAGUACAACAAGAGGAUCCAAAUAAUAUUAAGCAACCGGAUGUUAAGAAAAUGUUAAUGGCAGGAUUUAAUCUACCGAAAAAUUGCAAUAUGGAAUCGGUUAAACCGUUACUUGUGUUAGUAUUUUAUAUAAUGGAAAGACUGAAACGUUAUCGAUUAUCGAAGGAGAGUAAAAAUAAGGCCGAUAAAAAUCGUCAACGUGUGGAGGAACAAUUCUUGAAAAGUACCCAUGCUGCUCGUGCCGAAGCAGCUGCUCAACGUCGCGAGGAGAAACGAAAACAGGAGAAAGAACGUAUUAUGGCUGAAGAUGAUCCAGAAAAACAACGUCGUUGGGAGGAAAAAGAACAGAAACGCCAAGCGAAGAAGAAGGCCCCGAAAAUGAAACGACUCUCAAUUAAAUCGUUGUAAAUGAAGGAGACAGGGAAAAGUGACAGCUCAGUUAUGCUGACGAAUUAAUUUUUUGGGGUUUUAAAAUGUCUGCGUCUAUUUAACGCUAAACUGCAGUAGCCAUUUAAGAGAUUCAUUGUUUGUUAAAUACAGUAAAAUUUACGUUUGUUUUCAGAUGAAUUAAAUUACAAUAAUAAACAUUUUGUUCAAAAACAA